ACAGGAACAAACUAUUUCAUCCUGAAUUCCAGCCCAGGUAAUGAGGGUCUGAGUGCCAGCGUUUCUAUAGCGUUAGGAAUUCAAAACAAUCGGUCUUGCAAUAUUUGGCCUAAAAAAUUCCUUGUAGGUUUACUGAUUAACAGGAUUUAGUUCUACUUCUUAAAACUGCAGUUGAAUGCCCUUUGUCAUAUAGAGUGCAGACAAGUAGUGCUGGGAACUGUGAAUUUUAGCAUUUCAUAUGAAAUUGUAGUGGCUUAUGUUUGAUUUGGUUUGUGGGAAAUUUUGACUUCAAGCGAUGGUAAGCAAGCAAUAUGACAGCUCCUACUUAAUUGCAUAAAUAAUGUUGCAAAUAUACAGAGAAGGAAUGUUCUGGGCAAACAGUAUAACAUGCCCAUAUACUGUAAUUUGUAAGGGAAACAAAUAUGACACCUUCUACUCUAUGUAUAAACAAAAAUAUACAGGAAAGGAAUGUUCUAGGCUCAAUAACAAUAACGCCUAUAUGAUCUGGUGCUUCCUUGGUGUCCUUAAACAACUUGCAUCACUUAGGGAAUAAUAAAGUCCUUUAAUCCCGGAAACCCAGGAUUAAUAUUCCCAGGACCUUGCUGGCAGCCCAUUAAUAGAGUAGGGAGGUAUUCAUGGCACUGCCCCAGUGACACAGACUAGAAGCUGGCACAGCUGAUCAGCCCCCCCCCCCCCCGUCAGUGGACGCAGAUUUUCCAAGCCUCCUUAUUACAACGUAGUAGUGAUUUUCUGCUUUGCAUAGAGGCUGCUUUCAUGCUACUUCCCCUUUCCCCUGCAAGCUCGCACUCUCUUUCUCCGUGUGUUACGCCUGCUGCUCCCUCUGCCGUGUCAGGAACUGAGAAAGAAAACUUUGAGACACGCGGCUAAGGGCCAGACACUUCUGCCACCCCUCCCAUCUUAUUCUCACACUUUCCCAGUGGCGUCAGUCUAAGAUCUAUGUGAGUCAAGCCAGAUGCACACUUCCCUUUUGGCUCAGCGCAUUUCUUUCCCACUUUUGGGUGGUUCUGCUUCAGACCACUCACUAGUGUCAUCACACAAGUGCAGAAGAUGUGCCGCCAUAAUCCCUUCCUCGUCUGAAGACUAUGCUGAAAACUGAGACGUUGUGCCUAUUUUGAGUCACUUUUAUAAAUGCCUUCAUCUCUUCAUCUAUGGAGCAUUCUGAGGCAGAGGCAGACAUGAUCCAUCAGAAGGUGCGAGCAAUUCUCCGAGGGCUUGAUGGCCAGCACCCAGCACUACAGUCUGACCACGGAAUGCUCCGAUGGACAUUGCACAAAAGCCUGGACAGGAAUUCGGCCAGUGGGAGUGUCAUUGUGGGAAUUCUAAUCAAGGAACUGGAAAAGGCUGAGCGCACGGAUAACCUACAUUACAUCAUACCGCUGCUGCACACUCUAAUGUACGCCAUCACUAAGGCUGCAUACAUCUCUGAUGAGCUAUAUGAGAGGGUUUACGUAUUCUGUAAAAAGAUCCUGACACUUCCCAAGCCCUACUGUACUAUCGGACUGGAUUAUGCCAACAGGUUAAAGACGGAAAAGAAAGUUCCAGGUUUCUCUUACCAAAAAUUGGUUACUAUGGAGCAAAACCUUAGGAGGGAUGCACUCCAGCACCAGGACAAGGUUCUGCUGUUCCUGGACCCAAAUAUAAUUUCAGAGGCUGUAUGCAACACCCUCCUGCGGGAGACUCAGGCCACCCAGAUAUCCCAGACGCCAGUAAAGUGCAUGUCAUACGUUAUCACCAACAGCAUCCAGGCUGCACUGGGGAAAGACUGCAACAUCCAGCUGCUGCAACAGGUGCUAAAGGACCAAACCCCAGAAGAGGUGGAGCUCUGGUUCCAGGAAGUGCUGUCGGCAGUGGAACACAGCUCAAGAGAGAAUGGGAUUGGCCGGCAGAAGCACUGUCAGAGGCUGCAAGAAAUAUACGGGAAGAUGGUUGGCUCGUCGGAGGAAGAUGUGCCAGUAUCCAAACUGCAGGUGAUCCCUUGCCCGAGUCCAGACAUUACAGUGCACCUAUGGACCGAUGAAGACCAGCUAUGGAAGGAGCUGGUCCUUUUAACCAAAGAGACGCAAAACACAGACGUAGAGGUUGACUCCUUUCGGAUCCCAGAUCUUACUAUGGAUGAGGAGAGCACUGAGCAGAACCGGAUAUCUGUGUGGUCCAAUGAUAGUGGGAUAGAGAGGGACCUGCCCGGGGUGGAAGAGAAAGAGUCAACCAAGCUACAGAGGAAGCCGUGCAUCAAAAAGAAAGGUCCAGAUUUGGACUCUGCAGUUCUUCUCCAAAACCUGACAAAGGCACCAAAGGGCAGCCGAAUUGGGACCCUUCAGAGGCUCUCAGGACAAAGUACGGAGGUCCCAGCAGAGCCGGAGAAACUUCCCACUGCACGGAUCAUUAUACUGGGGGAUGACAGGGCGCUUGGCAAGCUGGCUAAGGCCUAUUAUUCCUAUAGGAAAAGAGAAGCAAGGAGGCCCCACCGGACACUGAAAGCCAACCUGCAGUUUUACUGUAUCCCAGUCCGAGGCGAACUGACUGACUCCUCACCUGACAAGGCCAGUACAUCUGUAAACCCCCCUACCAUGGAUGAGGUCUGUGAGAUAAGCACAUACCUAGGCCUUGUGGAUCCUUGGUAUGAAGGAAACAUCAACACUUUGUGUGACAUGAUCCCCAAACUCUCAGUCAUGCCACCCUGUCCCACCAGUGAUGCCACCUCAGACCCUUUCAUCCUAGAUGUGACAUCCUACUAUCUGCGGUUUGGCAUUCAGCCUGUCUACUUCCAGAUAUACAGCGUCAAGAUCUUCUACAGAGACACCAGCCUAGAACCAGGGGAAGACGUGUUUCUCACCGAGUUGAAGGCGGAGCUGCAGGACUGCCCCAGUUGCAAAGUGAGUACCUUACCAAGGAAAAAGACAGCAACAGAUGCACGAGGUGGAAUCCAAAUUCAUUACAAAAAGGCACUGGCCAGUAACAGAGAAAAAGAGGGGUCGCUGGUGCUGAGAACCUCAGGGGCAGUGAUAAAAACCAUUCCUCACAACGAAGCAAAAGAUCUUGUAUGUCUUAAUGUGUACACAGAUGAAGUUACACGGUCGUCCCAGUGUAGUACACGUCAUGCACCGGGCAACAUUAGUGUGCUCAGAGCCUGCAGCGUGCAAAUGAGGAGCCUGGAGAUCCGCACCUUUACUCUGCAGUUAGACAAGGACUCACGCAGGGUUUAUAGCAACGUUGCAAGAUUUGAGGUGUCGCCCUGUCAGGAGCCAGGGUACAGCCUGCAAAAAAUGAAGACACAGCGUGCCCACGGAGAAAGGAACGAAGUGGGGGGGCUGAGCAGAUACAUGUCCAAGUCAUUGCUGCUACCAAUAAAUACAUUCGCUGGCAUCAUCCAGGGAUAAAAGUCAACAUAAGAGAGAGGCGGCAGAAAAUUCAGCACUGAAUAUGAGAAGGCGCAACGCACAGAUGAUCAACAAGGGGGCCUCAAGCUGUUACUGGACUACAGGUUCCAGUGCUGGGAGUUGUAGUCCAACAAGAGGGACUUGAAUAAAUUAAACCAAAAUACCUCCUUAGAUAUUUAACACCACGCAGGUUAAACAUGCACUAAAUAUGAGUCCAUUCAUUAUUUGUUUUCUGAGGAAAAGAACAGCAUAGCAACUGUAACUUUCUUAUGCACUUCUUUGUACAUAUAUAACCAGCCAUUUCUCUUGCACCUGUGCAAUAUCCACACACUUAUUUAUUGAAUGUUGCUUUAAUAAAGGUCACUUA